AGGCUUCAUCAUGUCCAGAUAAAAGUGAGAAAACUUUCACCAAAGGUUCUUUGGAAGAUAGAUGUAUUCUACCUUUGUAUUCUACCUCAGAUUAUCAGAUAGGUGUAGGAGUAAACAAAGAUAGAUGUAAUAUUGUUAUCAAUGACUUUAAAGUGGUAAAUGAGCCAUCGCAGAUUGAAGGUGGCAUGGGCGAUGAGGAUGAAGUGGAGUGGGAGGAAGGAUCUCUAGAUAUUCCUGAGAAGGCUUCAUCAUGUCCAGAUAAAAGUGAGAAAACUUUCACCAAAGGUUCUUUGGAAGAAGAAGCUGAAUUUCAGGAAGCAAUUAGACGAAGUCUUGAGGAUAUGGUGGAUUCCAGAAUUAUUAAUGAACCUUGCGAAGAUCAGGAAUCUAGAAGAGCCAGACAAAUGGUAGGCAAGGACAUUGACUGGGAACCUGUUCAUGAAAAUAAGAACAAACCAGAGGUGGAAGCGCCCUCAGAUGGUAUCCUACAGCCACCUGGACCACCUGUUGUAAUGAAUAUCUCAGGGACCAAUUCUUCAAAGGAAGUUGACCCUCGUGAAAGCAACCUAGAGACAAACUUUUUUACACAAGCUUUGCCUGGAGAAAUACCUGUGGGAUCAGAUGCUUCACUUGAAGAGAAGAUGUGCAAGAACGACAAACAGUUAACUACUUGUAACAAAGAUGAUGAGAAGCAAAUGGUGAAUGAGCUAUUGGAUAUCUGUAGCAGAGGUGUUGCACAUAGUAGUCGUAGUAGCAGUAGUAGUGCUGCUGUUACUUCGUCCUUUGAUAAUUUACUGCCCGAUAAAUUGCCUGAAUUUUGUUAUUCUGAUGCUCAACAUGGUGUGUUUCAAACAACAAUGGAUGAAAAUUGUGGUUCAACAGAUCAUGGAAAGCUUUCUGCUAAGGAUUUGACAACUGACGGAGAUGCUGCACGAAAUUUGGUCUAUGGUGACUUUUCAGUGGAAAAGGAAGAAACUAAAAGCAAUUUUGCUUUUACAUACAAGGAUGAGGAGGAGCAUGAAGUUGCAAAGGCACGUUUGGAGGAUGAACUGAUGGUUUUAGGUAAGGAGCGUGAAGAACUAGGAAGUGAGCAACGGAAACUUGAGAGAAAUGCAGAAUCUGUGAGCAGCGAAAUGUUUGCUGAAUGCCAGGAGCUGCUUCAGAUGUUUGGUUUACCAUAUAUUAUUGCUCCAAUGGAAGCUGAAGCUCAAUGUGCAUAUAUGGAACUUGCCAACCUUGUUGAUGGUGUGGUUACUGAUGACUCUGAUGUGUUACUAUUUGGUGCAAGAAGUGUGUACAAAAACAUCUUUGAUGAUCGUAAAUAUGUGGAGACGUAUUUUAUGAAGGACAUUGAGAAUGAGCUUGGGUUGGAUAGAGAAAAACUUAUCCAUAUGGCCCUGCUUCUUGGGAGUGAUUAUACUGAAGGUGUGAGUGGCAUUGGCAUUGUUAAUGCAAUUGAGGUUGUAAAUGCGUUUCCGGAGAAAGACGGCCUUCAUGAAUUUCGGGAGUGGAUUGAAUCACCUGAUCCAACCAUUCUAGGAAAAUUUGAAGGGAAAGAAGGGAGCCAUUUAAACAAUAAAGGGUCUAAAGAUGGCGACUCAAGCAGUAAUGGAGAAGAAAUUUCUACUUCUGAUCAAAAUGGUCCACAAUCUGUGGAUGGAACUCGAAAGAUAAAACAGAUUUUCAUGGAUAAGCAUAGAAAUGUGAGCAAAAACUGGCAUAUUCCUUCUUCCUUCCCAAGUGAUGCUGUUAUUUCAGCAUACGCAUCUCCGCAAGUAGACAAGUCAACAGAACCUUUCUCAUGGGGAAAGCCUGAUCUUUUUGUUCUUCGCAAAUUAUGUUUGGAGAAGUUUGGUUGGGGAGCUUCAAAAGCAGAUGAGUUGCUGUUACCAGUUCUAAAGGAGUAUAACAAGCAUGAGACACAACUGCGCUUGGAAGCCUUUUACACAUUCAAUGAAAGAUUUGCUAAGAUUCGAAGUAGGAGGAUUAAAAAAGCUGUCCAAGGAAUAGCAGGGAAUAAAUAUUCAGGGUUGAUGGAUGACACAAUGCAGCAAAAAUCUAGAAGUGGAAAGAAAAGAAAAGUGAACACCACUGAUGAAGAGGCAAACAUAUCGGGAGAAGGUUCAACUGGACUAGAGAAAGUUGAUACUGGGAAUCAGAUCGACAACAUAGAGAAAAUAACUGGUAAGCAAUCAAAAGGAAGACAAACAAAGGAAAAGAGUAAGACCAGUAAAGAAUCAUAUGGACGAGGACGACAAAAUGGGAGAGGGAGGAGGAAAAAGAAUUCUUGUUCUCGAGACAUUGAAACUAGCUCUGAUGAUCAAAAUGUUAGUGAGGAGCAAGAAUUGCAGUUCGAGAAAUCAGAAGUCUCUCAUCAAGUUCGAAGGUCAGAACGCCCUCGGAAGGUAGUGAAUUACACUGUUUCUGAUGAAUUUCAUGAUCCUGACAUAGAAGGUCAGGAGGGUGAAAAAUGUGAUGAAGAUUCAGUAGCUAAAGCAGAUAUUGGUACGAUCAAGAGCAACGUGAAUGAAGAUCUUGAAGAUGGAGGUGGAUUUUGUGUGGAUGAGAUGGAGCAUGAAAAUUGUAUGGAUAAAAUAAAUGCCAGUCAAACAGAUGGUCCUUCCAUUGAGACGUCUUCGAAUGAACAUUUGAAAUUUGGCGGUGGAUUUUGUUUGGACGAGGAAGGUGAAGAAAUGGAGGGUGUUGAGCCUGCAUCGAGCCCUAUGAGAGCAACGAUCUCUGUAAACUCUGAUCCCUUCGAUAUGUCAGAUGAUGUGCUAGAAAAUCCUCAGAUUGACGUGUCAAUUUCUACCCCAACAAGAACGUCGGAUGGAGUCGAGUGUGGAAGGGGUAUUGGUGCUUCUAAUACUGAGCCGAAUACGAAUGCUGCAAUACGAAGUGAUUGUUCCAAGGCAUCAACUUUUCUCAAUGAUACUGAGGAGGACGAGACUAGGAAUGGUCCCUUGAGACCUCUUCGAGCAAUGCCAAAUUUGAGAAGAAAAAAGAGGAAAACUCCAAAUAGUACAUUUUUCUGAGAAGUUGGCAGCUGUAGUUCAUCUCUUACGGCAAUUGCUGCAUUAGUUUUCAGCAGCAUUUUUGAAGAUUUUACAUUGCAUGGAUAAUUAAGGAAAAAAUAUAAUAUGCCGAAUUUCUGUAAA